AUGUCUGAGGACUACCGUAGAUCAUUCCUUGGAUCGUCCAAGCUUGGGACUUUCAAGAGCAAGCUGUCAAGAAAACCCAGCAACUCGGAUCGUCCUACUACCAACUCCGCCACCUCCCAGCAGAGCAGCACCAUGAACAACCCCUUCGGCAGCCCCGCGCCGGCAACACGCCGUCCACGUAUGUCACUUAGCCCAGUCCCUCCAUGCCACCAUACUAACGGACCUCCCACAGGUGUGGAACCCCCACCGCCGUCAUACAACGAGGCCGUCGCCACGCCCAACAACACAGUCGACGCAGCGUCUCGCCGGUCAGCCGUCAUCAGCGCCGACAGCCUCAGCACGGCCGAGGACCCGCACGCCUUCCUGGCCGCCUUCGACACCGUCUUCCUGAUCGACGACAGCGGCAGCAUGGCGGGGCGGUCGUGGCGCGAGACGGGCGCCGCCCUGCGCGCCAUCGCGCCCGUGUGCGCCUCGCACGACGCCGACGGCGUCGACGUCUACUUCCUCAACGCCCGCAACCGCCACCCCUCCUCUGCCGGCGCCAUCGGCGGCGGCGGCUUCCACAACCUCCGCUCGGCCGCCGCCGUCGAGGACCUCUUCUCUGCCGUCCGUCCCGGCGGCGGCACCCCGACGGGGACGCGCAUCCAGGCGAUCCUGGGCCCGUACGUGACGGCGUUCGAGCGUGCCGUGGCGGCCGCCGGCGGCGACGCCGACGCGGCGGGCGUCAAGCCCGUCAACCUCAUCGUGGUGACCGACGGCGUGCCGACCGACGACCCGGAGUCGGUGCUGCUCGGCCUGGCCCGCAGGCUGGACCGCGCCAACGCGCCGCCGUACCAGGUCGGCGUGCAGUUCUUCCAGGUCGGCGACGAGCCGGGCGCGCGGGAGGCCCUGCUCGAGCUCGACGACGGGAUCGCGGGGGAGGUCGGCGCCGGCGCCGUCAGGGACAUGGUCGACACCACCACCUGGGACGGCGAGCGCGGCGUCCUGACCGCCGACGGCAUCCUCAAGGCCGUGCUGGGGGGCGUCGUCAAGCGGCUCGAUCGCAGGCGAAUCAGCCUCGAGGGCAGGCGCGGCGGCCGCCGCGGUGCUGCUUAA